CAAUUCGUGUCCCCGCAGCACGCGGGCAGCGAGGGGGAGCUGUGCCCUGCUGUCAAUCCAGUCUGCUCCUUCGUCAGCACUGGCACGCUGGCCUCAUCCGUCAUCGAGGUAGAGACCAGAGAGGAGGAGGAGAAGGAGGAGGUGACCCCCACCCUCUCCAUCACAGAGGAGAUCCUGGAGUUUAUCAACCAGAGUCGGGCACGAGAGCUGGGGGAGGCAGGGGGCGGCAAGACAGACCAGCUUCCAGCUGCCGACGAGGGUCAUCUGCAGGUGGAUCCGGUGCUGGAAGAAGAAACGUCGGCAGACUUGGGGGCCACGGCUCCGGGGAUGAACAGGGAGGACCUGCGGCCCCCCCUGGAAGUCAUCGAGCUGGAUGAAGAGGACUCCUCUGGGGGAGAGCCGCUGGGGAGCAGGGGGCAAGCGAGAGUGAAGGAACCGGAGCCUCGCGCCCCAGCCAGCGAGUCUUCGGAGGAGGAGGAAGAGGAGGGCCAGGGCAAGCUGGAGUCGGGACCCUCUCCCCUUCACGUGCUGGAAGAACUGGAGCAGGAAGAGGGGGCCGGAGAACCGGAGACCCCGAAUCCGGAGCGCUCGAACUGCGAGGAGGAACUGAAUCACGAGGGACCGACCGGGAAAACCUUCCCCCUCGAAGACGACCCUGCCCAGGGGGUGACGGCUCCUGAUCGAUGUGAUCCCCUUCAGUCUGCAGCCAAAGCGACUUUGACCAAAGACGACCGCCUCCUGAUCGAGAAGAUAAAGACCUACUACGAGACGGGCGAGGUGAUCGCCCCCCAGCUCCAGAGGAGAGACAGCAUCACCUUCAUCCCGGCUGGGCUGGUCAAGGACUCUGUGUCCCGGUUCCACGUCCUCGUCCAGCAGGACAGCAUCUGCGAGUCGGAGACGGGGAGGUCGGAAUCCAGCGAGACGGAAGCGCGGCUGUCUCUCUCCCGGCAGACCUCUGCUGCAGAAUCGGAGACGAGCGACUUCCGGGACGCUCCGGAGGCAGAGAGGGAGAGGGGGGAAGAGGCAGCAGGAGGAGACAGGGUCUGCCGCCAGGAGGAACCAGAAUGCGAGUACCGAUCGUGCACGGAGCUGAUGAAAGUGUGGAAGGAGAAAGAGAGAAGAGCCGUCAGAAGGGACCAAGAAGGAACAAAAGCAAAGGAUUUUGAGAAGAUGCCCGGGAACUUGGUUAUUCAGGAAGACAUGUCGGAAGCAAGUCAGAAAAAAGAAGAAGGAGGAGGAGAAGAAAUCUCCGGAAAAGCUAGAAUGGCGUCUUCGAUAGGGCAUUGUAAAACCGUCCUGGAUUCCGAGAGACGCCCGAACGAGGAAUCCUGCUGUCCCCGAGAGGAUCCCGGCCCAUUCCCGUCUCCGGAUGUGACUGGGAUCAGUCUGUACGAGGGAGGGGGAGAGGGCUGCCUGGCGGAGAACUCGGAGAAGAUUAUCAGCAAAGUACAGAUGCUGGCCCGCAUGUACAGUGCCAGGAUCGGCCGCAUGAAGACUCCUCUGCACAAGAAGGUGUGGGAGAGGAGCAGGGGGCCGGCAGGGAGGAGGGAGAGCAGAGAGACGGAGAAGAAGCCAGACUGCAAGGCGACAGGGGGUCUCAGGGUCCCAAGAGAACCACAGCUGUACGGACACGUGAUCAUCCGGGAGCAGUUUUCCAUGACCUACGUGCAAGAGAACCAGUACAUCAUUACCGCAGCCAAGGAGAACGCCUGGGAGCUCGAGAGCAGCAACGCCAGAGUAACACCCCAUCGCCUGAGACCAGUGGAACCACUGACAGAGGCUUCAGAGUCUACAGAACCAGCCAAUCCGGACACCUCCCUCCAGACAGAUCCUCCGAAACCUGAACAGACACCUCCGGUCACCCCCAGCGCAGAUCCCUCUCCGGAAGUCGGUGACUUUCACUUGGAUUCCCAGAGCUCCUCAGAAGCAGUCCCCGGCAUCCAAAGCCAUCCUGAACCCAAGAGCCACCCUGAAGUCGUGUGCAAUCCAACAAUGUCCAACAACGAAAAGACUGUUUCCGGAGCCCCGCUGCCCAUCUCGGAGAGCGCUUUACGUGAGGAGGACUCUUCUUGUUCCCGAAUCGACGCGCGGUUGGAUGCCGGUUCUGCCGCGUCUGUAGGGAAAGCGGAACAAUCGCUUUGUUCCUCAGCGAAUGAAGAGCCGUCGGACGUUGUCAGUAGGGAGCCGUCACGUUCUGGUUCCUUGCUUUCCGUCGAGGAAGCUGAACAGUCUUUGAAUGCCGGAUCAGUGCAAAAAGAUACGACACCCGCUCAGGACAGAGAACUUCGUGCCCUGGCCAAAUUGGAUGGCUUGCAUGAACGGGAGCCAGUUUUACCAGAUGAGGGUCAAACGAAUAAAGGGUGCUCUUGUGUUGCUGAAGACACAGAGAGUUCCUUAGUCCAGCCAGCUCUAAGACCAAAGCCUAUCUUGCCCGCAGAAAGCAGAACACUUACCACGUCCAAAUGGAAUAAUUUUCAGCAGAAGCCGGUUGUCUAUGCUAAAACAGCAGAAGAUCAGGUGCAGUAUUCCAUACAGACACCCUCCCUGUCUGGUCCCUUUUCUUCUGUUUCGGAUCGCUGUACCCCUUCCGCAGUGCCACCCUACACAAGACGAUCCUUAGGGAACUCUACCCCAUCUUUGUGGGCAAAAACGGAUCCACAGUCUCCCCUGGAACUGCCUGGUGCCCAAAACCAGCAGGAACCAUCAGAAGACAGCAAAGAAACAGCCAACUUCCACUUGGCAUCUAAAGAACUUUCACCCAAAAUGUGUGCCACUGAAGAACUGGGUUCAGGCAGGCAGAACCCUAGUCUUUCGGAAGACCGCUCCAAAGACCAUUGUAAUGCGUCUUCAAAGAUGCCCCAAUCUGGCAGAGUAUCGGAAUCACAGCCUUCGAAUGUCGACUCCUCUGAGCUGAAGGAACAUCUGCCAAAGUUCACCAGCCAAAGACCUCCUUACCUGCAGACCAAGAGUGGAAGAAGAAGCUUACCACUCUACUUGGAAGGACAAGGAUUCUCCAGCCAGAGGUUGCAGCCCUCACCUCCCUGUUUUAAGGACUCCUUGGAUCACCAAACAUCAGUGGACAGGAAGCGAUCAAACCCCCAGCAUUCCCAACAGAAUUCCUGGAACUUAACAAAUUUCCCACCCCCACUCGGAAAACCGGACAGCACCCCAUCCUCAACCAGACAGGAAGGGAAAUCCUCCUCCUCCUCCUCCUCCUCUCUCGACCUCGGCCUGAGAACUCUGACUCCCUCUCCCAUCCGCAGAAUCCCAUCUCCUUCCGGCUCAGCCGCUCUGUCCAAAUCCCUUGCUGCGUCCUGCAUCAGCCAGACCAUCAGCCAGAGCCUGACCAAAAAGAACGGGCGUCUCCAGUCCUCCCUCUCGCAGGACUCCGAGCCGCCCCAGCCACUCAGUGCGUCCUUGCCUCCGCUCUCCGGGUCCGCCCUGAAGUUCCGAUCCCCGUCUCCCGGACGGAAAUCCCCUUUGGGUCCGGUUUAUCCGAACAGGCAGUCCCUGGGCCACUCUGUUCCCGGUUUGACUGAGAAAUCCGACCGACUCGGCACCACCGCGCUACAGCUUCUCCACCCUUCCACCGCUGGUCCUGGCCCUGCUCCCAUGAUCUCCCCACCCCCCUUCCGUAGCCACAGAUCCGUGUCCCCUACCGUGCCGGUUAGCCUCCAUCAGACUUGGAAGGCUGGAUCUAAAAGCUUUGACCUCUCACACAAUAACAACAACAACAACAACAACAACAACAAUCAUAACAAUACUGGCAAUGAUACUAAAACAGCCGACUUGGUUCCGAUAGUGUGUUCCGCAGGUAUUGUGAGAUCUUCCUCUACUCAGAACCGUCUGGCCAGGCCCUUCUCUUCCGCAUCAGAGCCUAGCUCAAGGGUCCCGUCCCCUUCUCCUGCUGGGCCUCGAAUCUGCUCACCCCCGCCCAUCCACCCAACCCAAGACGGCUCGAAAGGCAAGCCGCCUCACCAUCCUUCGAACCCCAAACUGCCACUGCGUUCCUUCACCCCUCUAUGCUUCGGCUCCCAGGACCGCUCGGGGUUGUCCUCCGCCUGCUCCACGCCUCCUUGCACCAGCCCUCGAGUCACGUCACCGCCCCCCAUCCCUCCUAGCCUUACCCAGUCCCUGCGCAGACCUAGGGGGAACAGCCUGCCCUUUAUUAGCCUCACAGAUGGAUGUCCCAGCCCCUCUCGGAGCAGUCGGAGGUCCUGGGGAGGAGGUGGUGGAAGUAUGAUGGGCAGCACGGACAGUAUUGACCAGGAUUUGGGGCUGUCGUCCUCGGGGAAGGUGUACUGCAGCCCCUCCUCUUACAUGAACCCUGGCGCUAUGUCUCCAACUAGAUCUGUCAGUCGCAAGAACAGCCUUGACAAUCUCGGCACUCAGGAGUUUGCCACCCUCGCUUGGCCGGCCGGCCGACAGCUUCGGACCAAGUAUGGCAUGGAGAAAGAGGACUGCUCUCCCGAAAGAGAGGAACCGCCAGAACUAGAGCCAGACCCACCCAGCGGCACUUGCAGAUCCAGCCUUGUGUGUCCCUACAUGGGUGACCCCCAGCGUUUGCCCGUGGGUCUGGCUGACCGAUCCUCCACCCAUUGCUCAAGCUCCGGGGACCAGGCGCAGGAUAACUGCAGAGGAGGGGGCCUGAAAACCAGCUACUCCACCACCGUCAACCUCCAGAUAGGAGGCAGCGGGAGGAUAGCUUCUUUUAGCAUUGCCCAGGUCAGUCUCACUCAGACCCUGGCAGUGGUACCAGAGAGCCUGAGCACGAGGAGGGUGAACAUUAAUGGAUACACUGUUGAGUCUUCAACAAACUGCUAGGGGGGUGGGGUUCAGGGACUCUCAGAAGGGCUGCCUAGAAUGAGAAACACACUAGCCCUGCUGCUGCACCCAGUCCUGGGGUUCAGAACUCCCCUCAAUGUAGUCUCUUAUUACUGAUAUUGAAAUGAUCAGGAGCCAGGAGUUUAACCAGGGAUAGAAACUCACACUAGCCCUGCUGCAGCUGCGCCCACUCCUGGGGUUCAGAACUCCCCUCAAUGAAGUCUAUUAUUAUUAUUAAUAUUGAAAUGAUCAGGAGCCAGGAGUUUGAACAAUCAGGCUCCUGCUGAAAAUGCUCUGAACUGAUUGCACUUGUCUUCACAGCAUGAAUCUCAGCCGUGACUUUCUUGCAGGUUGACUAUUAGAGGAAGACCCAGUCCUUUAACAGUGGUCUGAUUUGCACAAUGAACAUUUUAAACAAUAGACUUGAUUGAGGGGAGUUCUGAACCCCAGGACUGGGUGCAGCAGCAGCAGCAGCAGCAGCAGGGCUAGUGUGAGUUUCUAACCCUGCUCAGACUCCUGGCUCCUGAUCAUUUCAAUAUUAAUAAUAAUAGACUUCAUUGAGGGGAGUUCUGAACCCCAGUGGAUUUAAAGUAAGCAACAUGACUUUGAGAAAACCCUCCUGCUGGUACACAGUGCCCUAACCCUACACCCUGUUCCCAUCUCUCGAUCAUGUACGAGAAAGUCGAACACAAAGCACUUCAAAACGUUAUGGUCAUACAUUCAUCAUUUACUGUUCCUUGCGUGGUGCAGUCUCUGUUACCUUCUGAUUUCUUUUUAAGAUGUUGGCGCAAGAGGAAGACCUUGCAAGUAUCAGAAUUAUAAUAUCAUGAACUCUGUGCCCUAGGCCAGUUUUACAUUGACAACCUGUUGCAUGGUACAAGAAAUUGCUUUGUUAUGGCAAAGUUGAUUUUGAUGCAGAUUUACUGUACAUCGGGGCGGUAUACUUGUUUGUGGAGCUGGUACUAUAUAUAAAAAAAGGAAGAUAAUACUUCCAUGUACUGUUUCUGUACAAAUAUUUUAAAAUGCUACUUUAUGUACCGUUAUCCCCAUAGCACAUAGCGACACCUGGUGGCUAUUUCCAGAAACUACACUUUUGAAAGGGAAUGUAAAAUACAGAUUUUUGUUUUGUUUUGUUUAGACACAGUUUUGAACCAGACGUGCUUGUUGUGUUGCUUAUUAUUAUUAUUAUUAUUAUUUUUAUCUUUAAGUUCACUUUUUAUGUAGCAGCAGCAGAUAAAUAUGUAUUUCAUUUAACAUCAAGGAACUACAAAAUUAUUUUGCAAGUCUACCUGAAGCCUUAAUAGUAGUACAGUAUUUCAUGUUACAUUUUGACACGUCACAGUUUUUCAUUAAGGUAUGCAAUUCAAUAUGUACACCUAACAUGAUUCAGCAGGUUUCGUUCCACUUUAUGAAGCACAAUUAGUUAAUUCUAUAGGGUAAUGCAAAAAUUUGGCUAGAGCUGUAGAUGAAAUGGGACCAAAGACUGCUGAUCAAACUCAGGCUUUAUUGAUGCAUUCAAAGAACAAUCAAAGGGGAAAGAAUAUGUAUUCUAUAAAAAGGGUACUCCCUGGAUUAAUAUUACUGGGACCAAAGCUGAAAUCAUACAGGUGUAAAAGCAAUUGAUUCUGUACAAUCAGGGACAAACCACACAGAAACCAAGAUGCAAAACAAUAUUAUUAUUAGUAUUAUUAUUAUUAUUAUUAUUAUUAUACCUGUUAUGAAUGUUGUGUGUUGGCUUUUAGCAUCAGAAGGCACUGUCUUAUAUAUAUAUUUACAAUAAAAAAAAAUGAACAGAUGAAAACUUUUUAGACUGUAUAAAGAGGGAAACAUUACAUUGUUGUUGUAAUAUGAUAUGUUGUGUAUUUAAAUUGAUUUCUAUCAUGUAUUAUUUGAAAGGGGUGCAUGGCAUGAUUGUGGCUUCGAAGGGAAUAGUGCUGUGGUAUGGCGCGUUUAUGGUGUGUUUAUGGCGUGUUUAUGGCACAUUAAGUGCAAUAAAGUUUAUGGCCCUCCCUUCCCGAGUCGUGUUCCAUUUAUACUUACAAGCUAUUAAAAUAUUUGCAAAAUAACGCUCUUAGUUUUGGGGGGUUUGUUGAUUUGGAAGCUGUCCUAUACUGGUAUGGUAAGUGAGCAUUCAUUGUUGAAAUGUCUAACAAUCUACCCAAGCUUGAAUUCCAAAAUUUAAUACAAUUUGGCUUCUAAAUGCUUGGGAAUUUUGAAUGCUUACCUUAACUCGGCAUGCCAAUUAAAGCAAGUUUCAAGUUGAUAAUGUGUCUAGAUAUGUAUGAGGCAAGGGCAAUACAAAUAGAGUACAGACCUCUUCACAGUAUCCCAUAAUGCUUUAUAUGUAACAGGGUCCAGUGUGAACAACUGGAGAAAUGAAAACGCAAUGGAAAAACCAAUUUGGAGUCCGAUGCCGUACUUCGCCGGAACUCGACGGUCAUCGUCGCCGUUUCUGUGCACCAGCCGCCCCCUUCCACAGGGGAUUAUGGGUAACGGAACAUGGCAGCAAAGAGGCAGGCCCCACUUCUUAGAGGGUUUUAACUUGGGAGAAGAAACCGCACAUCAUAAAACCACAGAUAUUAAAAUUUGACAUGGGAAUAAUUUCGGUGCUAAUUACUGGAGUAGACCAAUUCGUAGGAACGCAUUCAUAAACAGAGGGGUUUUGUGAUGUGAUUCAUGUUCAGUGCGCGGGGGUGUGUGUGUGUGUUAACGAAACACAACAGCAUUUGUUUCUCCAAACUAGGUUCGUACUGCAUUUGCAUUUGUUCCUGUUAGAAUCUAGCAUGGCAUUUGCAUGUGAAAAGCAAGGCUUGGAGCUCCUGUUUCUGUGUGUG